AUGACCUCCUCACGAGUUUUACUUACUCCUACACUGACUGCUAACGUUUCAAGAGCAGCCAGCAAAGGCCUUUACUCGUCGACAUCCACAGGUACAGGUCUCCGAGCCAGCUAUGUUGCCCUCAGACCCUUUAACUCGUCGUCGCGGCGGAACUUCUCAGUCUCUCACAAAGCCCAGCUAGACUUCUUUCCACCACCUCGAGACAUGCCAAACAUCAAGCAGACUCCUGCAUCAUGGCCACAUCCCGAAGCGACCGAACAACAAUUGAAGGCAAUCCAACUUGACCAUCGAGAACCUCGCACGUUAUCAGACUCGAUAGCCUACAACAUGGUCCGCUUCCUACGAUGGGGCACAGAUCUGGCGACUGGCUAUCGACACGAUCCGAACAAACCAUAUGUGAUGAGCGAGCGGAAGUGGCUUGUUCGGUUCAUUUUCCUCGAGACUGUUGCUGGUGUACCGGGUAUGAUGGCGGGAAUGCUCAGGCACUUCCGCAGUCUUCGGAGAAUGAAGAGAGACAAUGGAUGGAUCGAGACCAUGCUCGAAGAUGCAUACAAUGAGCGCAUGCACCUCCUUACCUUCCUCAAGAUGGCUGAACCAGGCCGCUUCAUGAAGCUCAUGAUCCUUGGUGCCCAGGGGGUCUUCUCCAAUGGAUUUUUCUUGGCUUAUCUUAUCUCACCGAAGACGUGUCACCGUUUCGUUGGGUACUUGGAAGAGGAGGCAACGAAGACCUACACCUACGCCAUCGAAGACCUGGAGAGUGGCAAAUUGCCCGGCUGGGAAAACCUCGAAGCACCAGAGAUCGCUGUCAAGUACUGGAACAUGCCCGAGGGCAAGAGGACAAUGAAAGACCUCCUCUACUACAUCCGAGCCGACGAGGCCAAGCACCGGGAAAUCCACCACACUCUGGGCAACCUUGAUCAGGCCGAAGAUCCAAAUCCGUUCGUCUCAGAGUACAAGGAUCCUUCGAAGCCGCAUCCUGGCAAAGGCAUUGAACACCUCAAGUCCAAGGGUUGGGAGAGGGAAGAGGUUAUCUAA